AUGGAUUCAGAAGAACUCGACAGGUUGGCAAGGGAAGAGCUCGUAAAUGAAGCAAAACGAGGAGCUGAGAGAUACGACACAUUGGGGCCGAUUGGCUGGCAGAAGCCGCGGUCAACCAACAAGGUGUUUUUCAGCAGAACUCUGAUGCAGGCUCUGCAAAGUCCUGCCGGAUAUCGCACCAAACGCACUCCCGCCGAUCGCACGGAAGAUAACACGGAUGUAGACGGCAACCAGAGCGACCACGGCAGCAGCAACAACAUUACGAGCGGGACCACCACAUCUCACCACCAUCGCACAGAAGCGAAAAACACGAAACGCCAGAAGACUCACUGA